UGGGUUGUCUUCUGGCUCUGUAUCGAAGCUUUCAUCAGAAAACCACGACGCUACAAGUGAUUUUGAUGCUUCGUCCACUUCGAGUUCCAUGUUGACAACAUUCGCACGUUGCAAUUACUUCCGGAGCCUGCGCAGAAAAGACCCCGCAGAAAAGCAUUUACUGCUCAAAGCUACUUCCUAUUUUCAAGUCACCAAGCAUGUAAGAUCUCACGUGGGUACGUGUCUAUAGUCGAAGUGAUAUUUUGGUGUUUCAUCAGCCAAAGGAAGAAAUAUUGCUGGAAAUCGAUAGAUAUUUCCUGACUAGACCUUUUAAAACUGCAAGUUAUCACUGUCCGAUUGACAGUGAGAGAUGUAAGCUGUGUAUAGGAAUGGUUGGUCUGCCUUACAUCAGAUAUGACAGAAACUAACUUCAAGGUUGCCCUGCUGGCAGGAGCAGCCGCCGGUAUUUCUGUAGAUUUGUCACUGUUUCCAUUGGAUACCAUCAAGACCCGCCUACAAAGUCAGCAAGGUUUCUUGAAAGCUGGUGGAUUUCGAGGAAUAUACUCAGGUCUGCUGCCAGUAGUGGUCGGAUCAGCACCCACAGCUGCUUUGUUUUUCUGUACCUAUGAGCUGACAAAGACUGUGAUGAGGAAUACCUUGGGUGAGAAAUGGUCAACAGCAUCACAUAUGAUUGGGGCCUCAUUAGGGGAAGUGUCAGCUUGCCUUAUCAGAGUUCCAGUAGAAGUUGUAAAACAAAGAGCUCAAGCCAACCCACACCUGACAUCCAAGUCUAUACUUUUAACCACACUCAAACAAGAGGGAUUCCCUGGUUUGUUCCGUGGCUACUUCAGUACAGUAAUCAGGGAGAUGCCAUUCUCCUUUAUACAGUUUCCAAUAUGGGAAUACCUAAAGUUGCGAUGGUCGUCUUACCAGGGUAAAAUUGUAGACCCAUGGCAAUCUGCAGUGUGUGGAGCUGUGGCAGGUUGUAUAGGAGCGGGAGUGACUACACCCCUGGACGUGGCUAAGACGAGGAUCAUGUUGGCAAAGAUGGGAACCCCACUUGCCACAGGAAGUAUAAAUUUUGCUCUUAAAACAGUUUAUGCAGAAAAAGGUGUUCAAGGUCUAUUUGCUGGGCUGGUGCCGAGAGUGACAUGGAUUUCCAUAGGUGGCGCUGUAUUUCUUGGCGUGUAUGACAAAGUUAGAGUCACCAUCAUUGCCCUGACUGAAGAGGGAUAACCAUGGCAUAACAUAGUUGUUUUCAAGACAUUUAGUUAAACAGAAUUUAAUUUUUUAUUGAUUUCCAAAAUACAUCAUUUUUUCUUAAAAAUUGUUGUACUGAAUGUGUGAGGAUAAGAAAAAAAUCUCAUUGAGACAUAACAUCAUCCAUAAUGUCUCUCACAUCAUGUGACUAGUUUAUACUUUAUAUUUUCAGAACUGCAGUAUUAUGAAUGCUAUAAUGUUCUUCAUGAAUGGGUAUAAAAAGAUAAUCACUGUGACCACUGGGUGUUAACUUUUCAUAUUAUUGAAGUAUUCUGUAUUAGUACGGUCAUUUCACUGAUGUGCAUUAUUUAGAUGACAGAUUUGUAGACCUUGUAUUCACCUGGUACAAACAGGACUUCGUAACGGUGCUUCAGCUCGUUUAUGUUGACAGCAUUAGUUUUACGACAACAACUUGUUUGUUUUAGUAAAAUUACUCUGUCUUAGGUAACCUGCUAUUGUGACUUCACUUUUAUAAAGAAAAUAUGUUGGCUUGUUAUGGCUUACAAUGGUUUUAGAAAUUACAGAAUUAUUUUAGUGUCGUGUGCAUUGAAAUGUCAGAAAAUGGCUAUCCAUACACAUUUUAACCAGUCAUUCCAGAGUGUUUCAAGGUUUGGCUGGUUUCUUGGUCAGUACUAUUUUAUUAGGGAAAUAGAGUAUAUGGUGUUAUAUUUGGUUGUAUCAACCUGUGGAAGCAUUUAGGCCCUAAUUGGUAAACGACUUAAUUCUGCUAUUAAACAUGAAUUUAUGAUAUGAUAACACACAUUCCAAAGUAAUCAGAGAAUCAGACUUGUUGCUUGUUAGUUGGUAAAUAAUACUGAUAGUUUUAUAAUUAAAACUGGUAUUUUUGGUAAAUGAUACCGGUUAUUUGGGUAAAUGAUACUGGUAUUUUGGUAAAUAAUAUGAUAAACGAUAUUGAUAUUUUGGUAAAUGAUAUGGUAUUUUGGUAAAUGAUAUGAUAAACGAUACUGGUAUUUUGGUAAAUGAUAUGGUAUUUUGGUAAAUGAUAUGAUAAAUGAUACUGGUAUUUUGGUAAAUGAUAUGGUAGUUUGGGUAAAUGAUACUGUUAAUUUGGUAAAUAAUAUUGUAAAUGAUACUGGUAUUUUGUGAUUUUGGUAAAUAAUACAGGAUAAAUUAACUUCUUGGAUUGGAUUUCUUGAUUCUUACAUCCUUAAAAGUCAUGAAAUGCUUGAAGGUCAGUGGAUGCUUGAAAGUGCUACCGAACUUUGUAUACGUCUGUGAGAUAUAUGUUAAAUGAUAACCCGUAAUUACCAUUUCCUAUAUUCACAAAUGACUGUCAUUGUUCAGGCCACAUCACUAGCGAGUGAGAAAAACCUUGUAACCAAUCAGGUGUUAAGGGAAGGAAAAUUUCAAAGGAUGAAUGAGUUAUCAGUAUGAUGUUUUACAGGGAUUUCAUUGAUAUCUUUUACAGAUUAAUUUGUACAAACUCUGAAAAAUUUCUUUGGUUGAAAGAGUUCUCUGUAAAAGGUUUUACAGAGAUUUCAUUUGUUCAUAUGGUUGGUUUAGAAAGUACCAUACCUGUACAAUGGUUGCAAGGUUUUACAACUUAUACAACAUAUUUUAUCAAGCAUAAUAUACGUCAUGUACUAUACAUUAUAUACUAUAAAUCAUAUGAAUAAAAUAAGAAUUUGUUUUUGUGUUUUCAUAUUAUCAUACUGAUUUUUCUUUGAAUGAAUUAUCCAAUCAUCUGUGAAUGUUAGCUAUAGUAUUCACUUGUAGCUGACAUGUUAAUUCGUGUCAUAAUCAGGAAAAUUGGUUCAUUUCAAUCAAAGUGUUAGAUCAUUCAUGUCAUUCAAUUUUUAAUUGUUUUCAGUAAAUGAUAAUGUGUCACACUGGAUAUGUAUACAUAUAUAUAGUGUAAAAUAAACAAUUAAGGAUCCAUCACACAAUUAAAUAUCUUAAUUACAUCACAAAAUAUUGAUCUUAUAAUUUGUACUUUUUUAUUCACAUGUAAAUUACACAGGUAUUGACGGAAAGUUGUAGUAGGGCGAUAAUGUCUAUGUGUGAUAGUGUAUAUGACUACUUAUAUAAACAUUCUAAUGAUUGUAUAUUUCAUAUGAAACAAUUGCUUUCAAAAAUUAACUUUCGCUUUUAACUAUCUUGCCAAUGCUUGUUUUGUUAUUAUCUGAGUUGUGUUUGUUACAAUGAAUUGGAGAUGAACUGCAAUUAAAAAAGUACUUUUAUACUGAU